AAGAUAGACCAUGAGGUCCUGAGUAUCACUGGUUUCCUGAGGCAGAGCUGUCCCUGUUCUCUUAGCUCUACAGGACCCUUGGCCAUUGUUCCUGUCAUCAGAGCAGAGCUGCCUCAGUGCUCUGUCUAGACCUGGUGGAGUUGGCCUCACACCUUUGGCCUCUGAUGGCAGCUUUCUCUAGAUUGGGAAGUGCAAACCAAGUGGAAGGCGUUUCCCAGUUCUGAUGCCACGGGAUAUUAAUAGGUGUUUUUUCCCAUGAUGGGAUUGCCAGUGAAGUGUGCUAAGCAGCUUUCUUUACUGCAGGACUUCUCACAUGACUAUGUUGGUAGGAAAUGUGUGGAAAUCCCUAUAAGAGAAAACAGUGUUUUCAAAUCUUCCCUUUUGGAGACUACAGACUGUACUUUGUUUAGACCAAGACUGUCUAGAAUCCCAUUAAAGUUGGAGAAUAAAAUCGCCUGAGUGUGUUGGACUUAGAGCCAUGGUCCAGGAUGCUCUGACCACUUCCCCCAUAUACCAACCUGUUUCCACAAGGCCAGGAGUGAGGAUGAUUUGUUCUACUUUUGACAGAACAAGUUUGUAUGUUUCUCUGUGUGUCUCUGUCACUGUCUCUGUCUUUCUCUGUCUCUCUGUCUCUGUCACUGUCUCUGUCUCUUUCUCUGUCUCUCUCUCUCUCUCUCUCUCUCUCUCUCUCUCUCUCUCUCUCUCUGUGUGUGUGUGUGUGUGUGUGUGUGUGUGUGUGUGUGUGUGUGUGCGUAUGAUUCUGAUUCUAAAGGCCAGAAAGGAUGUCGGAAGGAUGUUGGAGUUACAGUUUUAAGUGGUUUCUUGAUAUACAUGCUGGGGGUGAACUCAGGUCCUCUGGAAGAGCAAGAAGCACUCUUGACCACUGAGCCAUUUCUUCUGCCCCUUGACAGAACAAUUCUAAGAUCUUGGCUUUCCCUUCCCCCAUGCCAUAAGCAUUUUGAAUUAUUUAAUGAAUACAUUGCCCUUCUUCCAGGUUGUGUGAAGCCUGCCGACUGUAGUGUUCAUGAGACAGUUGUGUGGACAGGUGGACUGUAAUCUCGGGGUUGCCGAAGCCCAGCAGUGGGUCACGUGUCAGCCCUGUAAUCCUGCUCUGGGCUCACAGGAGUUGCAGUGUGGGCACAGCAAGGCACAACCUCUCAAUUGGGCAUGAGGAGGUGACUCAGGUCCAAGACAGGGCUACAGCUAGCCUCCUGGUAAACAAGUGACCUGUUCUUUCUGGACUCCUCUCCCCAGGAUUUCAACAGCACCAUAGAAAUAGCCAUCUCACUCAGGGGAAUUUCCUCGAGCCACACAGUUUGCUGAAGCCACUGGAAGACUUUGUGUCUCCCCAGAAUCUCCCCAUUAUCCUAACGGACUGAACUUUGUGUCUGUGUUGUCCUCUGGUGCCUGCUUCAGAAAGCACAGUGAUAGAAUCCAGAGUGUGCUUUGGGAAGUUACUGUGAGUAGUGUGCCGAGAUGCCUCGCCAAUUCCCCAAGUUGAACAUGUCCGAUUUGGACGAACAUGUCCGGCUGUUGGCAGAGAAGGUGUUCGCUAAGGUGCUCCGAGAAGAGGACAGCAAAGAUGUUAUGUCCCUGUUUACUGUCCCCGAGGACUGUCCCAUCGGACAGAAGGAAGCCAAGGAGAGGGAGCUACAGAAGGAGUUGGCAGAGCAGAAGUCUGUGGAGACAGCAAAAAGAAAGAAGAGUUUCAAGAUGAUCCGGUCGCAGUCUAUGUCCCUGCAGAUGCCAACACAAGACUGGAAAGGUCCUCCAUCUGUCAGUCCGGCCAUGUCUCCUACAACCCCUCUGGUCCUUGGAGCUGCUUCUAAGCCUGGGCUGGCACCCUAUGACAUGCCUGAGUAUCAGCGAGUCACCAUCAGUGGAGAUUACUGUGCAGGGAUCACUGUGGAAGACUAUGAACAGGCUGCCAAGAGCCUGGCCAAGGCCCUGAUGAUCCGGGAGAAGUAUGCACGGCUUGCCUAUCACCGCUUCCCUCGGACCACAGCCCAGUACCUGGCUCAUCAGGGGGAAAGUGUGCCUUUGGAAGAGGGUCUCCCAGACUUCCACCCUCCCCCACUGCCCCAGGAAGACCCUUAUUGCCUGGACAAUGCGCCCCCCAACCUGGGCUACCUGGUCCGCAUGCAGGGAGGUGUUCUCUUUGUGUAUGACAAUCAGACGAUGUUGGAACGCCAGGAACCCCACAGCCUGCCCUACCCUGACCUGGAGACCUACAUCGUGGACAUGAGCCAUAUUCUGGCACUCAUCACCGAUGGCCCCACGAAAACCUAUUGUCACCGGCGACUGAACUUUCUGGAAUCCAAGUUUAGCCUUCAUGAGAUGUUAAAUGAAAUGUCAGAGUUCAAGGAAUUGAAGAGUAAUCCCCACAGAGACUUUUAUAAUGUGAGAAAGGUAGACACACACAUCCACGCAGCGGCCUGCAUGAAUCAGAAGCACCUGCUGCGUUUCAUCAAGUACACAUACCAGACAGAGCCGGACAGAACUGUGGCCGAGAAGCUCGGCCGGAAGAUCACCCUGCGGCAGGUGUUUGACAGCCUGCACAUGGACCCCUACGACCUCACAGUGGACUCGCUGGAUGUUCAUGCGGGCCGGCAGACAUUUCACCGCUUCGACAAGUUCAACUCCAAGUACAACCCUGUGGGGGCCAGUGAGCUUCGGGACCUGUAUUUAAAAACUGAAAACUACCUGGGGGGAGAGUACUUUGCUCGCAUGGUCAAGGAAGUGGCCCGGGAAUUGGAGGACAGCAAGUACCAGUACUCAGAACCCCGGCUGUCCAUCUAUGGUCGCAGUCCUAAGGAAUGGUCUAGCCUGGCCCGCUGGUUCAUUCAGCACAAGGUCUACUCGCCCAACAUGCGUUGGAUCAUCCAGGUGCCGCGGAUCUAUGAUAUAUUUAGGUCAAAGAAACUACUGCCAAGCUUUGGGAAGAUGCUGGAGAACAUCUUCCUGCCCCUUUUCCAGGCUACUAUCAACCCUCAAGACCAUCGGGAGCUUCACCUCUUCCUUAAAUACGUGACAGGGUUUGACAGCGUGGAUGAUGAGUCCAAGCACAGUGACCACAUGUUCUCAGACAAGAGCCCCAGCCCAGACCUCUGGACCAGCGAGCAGAACCCACCCUACAGUUACUACCUGUACUACAUGUAUGCCAACAUCAUGGUGCUGAACAACCUCCGCAGGGAACGAGGCCUGAGCACAUUCUUGUUCCGACCUCACUGUGGGGAAGCCGGCUCCAUCACUCACCUAGUGUCUGCCUUCCUGACUGCAGACAACAUUUCCCACGGGCUGCUCCUCAAGAAGAGUCCUGUUUUGCAGUAUCUCUACUACCUUGCUCAGAUUCCUAUUGCCAUGUCUCCUCUCAGCAACAACAGCCUGUUUCUGGAAUAUUCCAAGAACCCACUUCGGGAAUUCCUACACAAGGGAUUACACGUCUCUCUCUCUACUGAUGACCCCAUGCAGUUCCACUACACCAAGGAAGCGCUCAUGGAGGAGUACGCCAUCGCAGCCCAAGUGUGGAAGUUGAGUACGUGUGACCUGUGUGAGAUUGCCAGGAACAGCGUGCUGCAGAGCGGCCUCUCACAUCAGGAGAAGCAGAAGUUUUUGGGUCAGAAUUAUUACAAGGAGGGACCGGAGGGCAAUGACAUCCGAAAGACAAAUGUUGCACAGAUCCGGAUGGCUUUCCGCUACGAGACCCUGUGUAACGAGCUCAGCUUUCUGUCCGAUGCCAUGAAGUCAGAGGAGAUCACAGCCCUGGCCGACUAGGCCCAGCGAUCCACACACACUUUCAUCUUUUGGUUUAAUGUCAGGUCUGCUGGGGCUAACGGUGCCCCAGAUCUCAAACCGGGGCUUCCGUCUGUGACGAGGACACCUCUGAAGAAAUCUCAAGCUCCCAGUUUUGGUUGCACUUUAUGAACAUGCUCACUUCAUUAGCGUUUCUGAGCCAGAGGCUGGCUCUCUUCCAUGGGGCUCUGGGAGCUGGCACUGUGUACACCUGUCCUUGGUUGUCCGAGUCUCCUGUGAUUACCAAUGUUUAUAUGGUUGGGGCUGGGACUUUGCAAGGCUGAAUGCCAAGUGACACAAGGCCUGUCUGGUGUCUGCCACAGUCCUCCCAGCAGACCCUGUAGAGCAGUUCUCACUUUGGUAUCUGGCUGGCUGGCUGCCUGAACCCCCACCAAAGCCCCUUUUAUAAAGGGGCUACCUAGAGAAAAUACAAAGCUCCCCUGCUGACGAUUUGUGCACUUUUAAAAACAAGUUUUUUUCCCUGUGAGCACCCCUCCUUCCUGUCUAGGUAGGAAGCCCAACGCACCCUCUGAGGUCAUCACUUCUGUUAUUUUCCUCAUCUAGGAAUGAGUCAUCUCAAACCAUGUUCUGUGAACCCAUCUCAUGGUCCACUCCUAGGCUGGGGAAGAUACAGGGUGAGGUUCUGGGGCUGUUCUCACUUUUUUGUUUUUUUAAAUGAAGGCCUUUGAAAAGCAUAGGACCUCUGCUCCUUUUGGCUCUAAUGUCCUAUGAUUGUAGCUGUCACCACCUUCCCCCAGGAGUCAGACCAGGGACUGACUCCUCAGGGGAGUGAAAUGUUUCAGGACAUACAGGACUAGAGCCAAGUUCCUGAUCCAGUCACACCCGGUCCCCGACUCCCCUGCUUCCACCUACUAUUUUAGGCUUCACAUAUUUUAAUUUUUUUUUAAAGAAUCACUGUAACAGUGCAUUUUAUUUUAAAGCAGAUUUCUUCAGAAGCUAUCAUGGUCCCAGGGACCAGGUAGAGUUAAGUUUAAUGUGGACUCUAGCUUUAUCAGACUACUCAUCUUUGUUACUAGUGCCUAGAACAUAGUAGGUGCUCAAUAAAUACAUAUGGAGUAAUUGAAUUACUUUCUCUUUUGGCAUCUGUAUGUACAGAAUACUGAACAAUGUUCAAAGAUCUUCCUAACUGUUCACAAGGCAGGAAGUCCUGUACCAUACUUAGAUGAACCUAAUUGCACCUGGAAGAUGCUCAUGUAACUAAUUACCCCGUCCUGUGACUCUGCCAGCCUUCCAGUGUUCACACAGCGUAUGGAAGGAACCAUGUCAUGCCUUACUAGGCAAAUAAACAUACCACCCUACAUAGCUGAUUAUGAAACCGAAUGAAACCUGUCGUUAUGAGGGAUUAUUUUUGAAAAGCCUCCAUUUGUAUACAUUUGCCCAAACAUAGCAAGUAUUGUACAGUUUUUCAUUGUAUCAAAUACUUUUUUAAAGACUACAAAUAAAGUCUGUUAGGACUGUGA